AUGGAAGUCAACCACACUCUUGUUACCAAUUUUGUUUUGGUGGGUUUCACAACAGAUCCAAUCCUGCGCCUGGUCUUUUUUGUGCUAUUCUUGGUCUCAUACACUCUCACCCUGACUGGGAACCUGGGUCUCAUGGCUCUGAUCUACCUUGAUUCCCGCUUGCACACACCCAUGUACUUUUUUGUGGGCAGCCUUUCCUUUCUGGAUGUCUGGUACUCCUCAGUGUACACUCCCCGGAUCCUGUCUGACUGUGUGUCUGGGAACAAUGUCAUGUCUCUUGCUGGCUGUGCAGCCCAGUUCUUCUUCUCUGCUGGCCUGGCCUACAGCGAGUGCUUCCUAUUGGCUGCCAUGGCAUAUGACCGUUAUGUGGCCAUCUGCAACCCACUACUCUAUGCCACUGCCAUGCCCAAGAAGGUCUGCAUCCAACUGGUUGUUGCUUCUUAUGUAGCUGGCUUUGUCGAUGCCAUCAUACACACAGGCAACACCUUCCGCCUUCGCUUCUGUGGGGACAACACCAUCGACCAUUUCCUUUGUGAUGCACCACCACUUGUGAAGAUGGCCUGUGGUGAUACUCGAGUUUAUGAACUUAUCCUGACUUCUGUCACUGGUUGCAAUGUGUUGGCAACUAGUGCUCUCAUCCUGGGUUCCUACAUUGGGAUUGUGGCAGCCAUCAUACGCAUCCGCUCUGCUGCUGGGAGGCGCAAGGCCUUUUCUACUUGCUCUGCUCAUCUAAUCUCUGUCUCCUUGUUCUAUGGUUCCAUCCUCUUGAUGUAUUCCCGACCCAGCUCCCAGCAUACUCCAACCUGGGACAAAGUAAAUGCUUUGUUCUAUACCGUAGUCAACCCUCUUGUCAACCCCAUGAUUUACAGCUUGCGCAAUAAAGAUGUGAAGGCGGCCUUCAAGAAAGUGGUCCAGACUGUACAACAAUAA